GGGUGAGUUUGUCACUCUCUAAUCCAUCGCCCACCAUGAACAUGUUUGAUGAACAUGAAAGCAUUUGCAUAACUAAGAACAUAGAUUCGAGUGUAAUGUAAUGUAAUGUAGCUAAGCUAUCAGAUCUUCCAGAAACUUUUUCUUUUUCUUUUUCUUUUUCUUUUUUAAUUUUUUCAAUUUUUGUUGUCCCCCCCACCCCCACCUCUUUUCUUUUUCAUCUCUGUAAUUUCCUCUGAAUUCUCUGCGCACCCAUUGCACGUUUCUGUUCUUCUUUCCUUACUUCCGUUCAAGCGCCCAACAUUAGCUCAGACCACUGUCUGCCGGACCAUUGUUUCCGCCCAACAACGUUAUUGUUUUAUUCCAACAGAACCAUGAAUUCCUUUCUAACUUCCUCUUCGUUCUUUAAAGCGCUCCCAAUUCUAUAUUGCGAGCUUUAAUUAAUGGAGUUGAAGGGUUGUUACCAAAUCCAAUACCCACUUCUUUAAACCCCCAAUUUCUUCGUGAAUAUUGGAGGAAUUCAUUGGAGCCCUCGAGUGUUUUAGUUCUCUGAUAUGUGCGUGGGGUUUAGUAGAAGUGAUUGUGUGAGAGUUUUAGCUUGUGGGUUACGAAAAUGGCGCCUCCACAAGUUUCCCAGUCCGACAUUGAUUUGGAGCAAGGGGAUCAUCGGCGGUCUGUUAGUGGUAGUGAGUUGAGCGCCGAUUGUAGCGUUUAUUUCUCUGACGCCGAUGAGGGUUCGUGUUAUUCCCAGUUUUAUUCCACUAACGGUGGUUCUUACGAUGAGUAUAGGUUUGCUUUCGUUUCUCAGCCGGGGGUUGGGGUGGUUGUUUCGGAUUCUCGGCGGCUUUCAUCGGCUUCGGAUCGUUCCGUCGAGGUUGAAAAUGAGAAUGGGAUUACUGAAAUUAAGGUGCAUUUAGGUAAGGUUGAGAGGGAUUGCAGGAUUUGUCAUCUGGGUUUGGAGAGUAAUAGCCAAGAAUCUGGAAUCCCAAUCGAAUUGGGUUGUUCUUGCAAGGAUGAUCUGGCUGCGGCUCACAAGCAUUGUGCUGAAACCUGGUUCAAAAUCAAAGGCAAUAAGACGUGUGAGAUUUGUCAUUCCGUUGCACGAAACAUUCUGGGACCAAAUGAAGUUGAGUCAACAGAGCAGUCUAAUGAAUCCAACAACGCCUCCUCAACGACUGCAGUUGCUGCAUCGAUCCCGUCAUCAGAUACCCCAAGCUUCUGGCGUGGCCAUCGGUUUCUGAACUUUCUACUUGCUUGUAUGGUUUUUGCAUUUGUUAUAUCUUGGCUCUUUCACUUCAACGUGCCCUCAUAAACGCACCCCGUAAAGCGAGUAGUAUCGAAACAGAGGGGAAAUCCAGAUCAAGGAACUUGCAGAAUUUGCUGCUGCAAACGACCCUCCAGAGUGUCCAUAAGUUCAUAUAGAAUAUCAUCCUAUACACAUGUACCAUUCCCAACAUUCCCCACAAAAGUUAUUUCACUGCACUUCAUUCAAUUCCAAGUUAUAGAGAAAUUUGGUGUAGUCAAUCAAGAACAUCCUUGAUGAUUGAUUAUGAGUAUUUCAAUGAGCAUCAUCUUUCUUU